AAGAAAGUUUUCGAAAGGAAAUUUCAAGAUAAAAAGUAAAAAAUUAGUCGAAAAAGUGAUAAAAAUUUAAUUUUUUAACGAAAGAAGAUAUCCCGUAAAUCAAAAAAACUCUAAAAUUGAUCAAUUCUCGCCGAAACAUCGAAGAAACUGAUGAAAAAUUACGAAUUAAAUCAACAUUACUUAACACUACCGGCAAACCAUUAAUCAAAACAGAGAAACCGCGAGAGAGAAUUCAUCAAGUAAGCUUCAGUCUCGCUCUCUGCCUUCUUCGCACGCAAGCUUUUCAUACAUCACAUUAAACAUUUUGCACGAUCGCCAAGCGACUUAACCAACUUCAAAAACAGUUUUAAUACCAUUCGAGCUGUCGUUGUGUUAAGUUCGCCGUGAAAAAAAAAAUAAUUCAACGAAACGAAACCAGACUUCAAAAAAGAACAAACAACAGGAUUGACGAGUGAUCGUGAGUGAGUGAACAAAAAUAAAAAGAAUAACAAAAGAAACAAGUGAAGAAGACAUUAAACUUACUUACAAGGCAAUGUGAAAUGACAUUCUAACGACCCGUAUUUAACAGGAAAAUCUUGAUAAAUUCAAUAAGAGACUUUAUUAAAAAAUGGUUGCGAACGACGGAACCGAUGUGGCUUUUGAGAAACCGCCACCCAUGUGCAACGAAAAUGGGGAUAAAACGCGUCAAGUGCCCAAAAAACCGAUAAAAUUGAAUAAAAAGAACGAACCACCGAAUCUGUACAACACAAUUAUGGAUAUUAUUACUUUUCUCCUUGUUUCGGCGGGACACAUUUUACAGACAUUUUACUACACAAUGUUUGGUUACCCGAAAAAAGACUUGAAAGGUGAAUUGGCGCUUAUCACGGGAGGAGGCGGAGGUCUCGGACGAUUGCUUGCGUUGCGGUUGGUGAGAUUAGGCGUAAAAGUGAUCAUUUGGGACAUUAAUCAAGAUGCCAUUGAUGAGACAUGCAAGAUAAUUACUUCGAUGGGCGGUUAUUGCAAAGGAUAUGUCGUGGAUAUUUCGAAAAGGGAGGAAGUUUAUAAGAUGGCAGAUGAGAUUAGGAACCGAAUUGGAGAUGUAACGUUGCUUUUCAACAAUGCGGGAGUUGUUUCAGGUCGAUUGCUGUUGGAUACGCCCGACCAUAUGAUCGAACGGUCUUUCAAUGUCAAUGCAAUCGCACAUUUUUGGACCGUUAAAGCAUUUUUGCCGGCGAUGAUUGAAAAAGAUCACGGUCACAUCAUAACAAUUGCCUCGAUGGCGGGUCAUGUUGGCAUUUCGAAGCUUGUUGACUAUUGUGCGAGUAAAUUUGCUGCCGUCGGUUUCGACGAGUCACUCCGCUUGGAAUUGGAAAUUCUCGGAUGUCGUAACGUUCAUACGACAGUAAUUUGUCCCUAUUUCAUCCAAGCUACCGGCAUGUUUGAUGAUGUUCACUCACGAUGGGUCCCAACGCUCGACUCAAAUCACGUUGCUGAUCGCAUCAUCAGCGGUGUUCGCAAAAAUCACAAAUGCGUAAUUGUGCCUGAAUAUUUCCGCUGGAUGCUGAUCAUCAAGUGGGUCUUCCCGUGGCCAUGCAAUUCUGGAUUUCUCCGAAGAUUGGUGCUGGAUGCUGCGCCGCAACAUCACACGAUAUCGCCAACGUUGCAAAAAUGCGAAAGUGCAUUGCUGGCAGCUGCUUCGUCUUCGAAUGGCAUGACAACGGUGAAUAAUAAUGGCACCGCGAAACCGAAUCAACUUCUGGUCCAGAGAACUGCGUCGACUGGCGAGAGAGUUCUUUAACUUUUUUUUAACUUUUAGUUUUUAAGAAUGGUGAUUUAAUCUUAUUUCGAGAGAAUUUCGACAAAUUCUGAAUAAAAAAAUGGGACUAACUGUGGGAACUAUUAGAAUUAAAAUUAAAAUUAUGAAAAAAAAUGAGUCAAGUCCAUUUAAUUUUAUGUAAGAAUGAAUUAUGAACUAAUUAUUUUUAUGAAA